AUUGAGGACAGAGAUAUAAGAUUCUUGCGAUUCCCUUACCCAGAACGGUCAUUCACAUCAGCUGAAAUCUUUACUUGGAUUUUAACUACGCAACUCAACUCGUGAGCUUUCGAAAAAUCACUCCGAGGCGUCCUCACUUCGUCAUCCUAUACAACACCUUGAAACGAAUCAACAUGUGCGGCUCCAGAAGAAGAGGUGGAUUCGGUGGCUGCUCCCGCCGCGGACCGCCUAGGUAUUCUCCUGUCGGCAUGCUCAUACGCCACAUAUCCGAGAAGCGCGAUGCCAAGAACGGCUUUCAACAGCAGCCAUAUGGCUAUGGAUACGAACCCGAGAAGCAGUCAUAUGCAUAUGAUGAUAUGAGGGCCAAUCAACAAUCGUUCGGAAAUGAGAAGAUGUAUGGACAAGGCCAGAGAGGGGUGCCUAUCCUGUGGGUCGAUGAGAAUCAGGGACAGAGGAUGGCGAAUACACAGUCGCUUGAAGAGAAGGAGGCAGCGGAUUUAGCGGAGGCUAUACGUCAAAGCUUGGGAGGAGGGUUAAGCACGGAACAACUGCCGAGUUAUGGACAGGUUAUGAAGCAGUAGAUGGUACACCUAGCCUUGAGCGUUUGAGGCAGGCAAUACUUUUCUUGUGGAAAGGGAAAGGUCGAACUUAUUAUUAUUAUUGCUAUUGGAAUACCUGUCGUCGCUAUUUGUUCUAUAUCAUGUAUACGUGGCAUACUCCUAGUACUUCGGUAGUAUACUUUAACCUAACAUUAUUCAGUGCUCCAUUACAUAGUAAUGGAGUUUUUUUGUAUGGGCUGAUAUAAGCGAAGUGGUCUGUGCCACUGCUAUCUCCAUUAUAUCCCUUCGUCCGGUGAGACAUGUCCAGCG